AUGGAGGAGUUCAAGGAGGAAGCAGAGGAGAUUGGGAAGAGGUUGAGUGAGGCGGCAGCAGAGGUAUCUCAGGUGUUGACGGAACAGCGGAAAUUGGAGGAGGAAUGCGAACACAGAAACCAUGAACAGGGCAAAACCUAUGCUUGCACAGUCAGGACCAUCAUGAUUGACACCACACCAGGCCUCAGCACAAAUGGCCUGGCAGAGAUGGAUGAGAGGGAGAUCGUAGGGAAGGCCAACAUGGCACUGGAGUUGAUGGCAAAGGCUGGGGAAAACAUACCAAAAAGCGCAGAACUUGUUGGGGCAAGGAAGAUGAGGAAUGGAGGGGUACUUUUGGAGAUGAAUACGGUUGAAGGGGCCAAAUGGUUAAGGGAAGUCGGAACAGAGGGGUUUCUGGAAAGGAUGGGAGGAACGUCAGUGGUUACGGAGAGGACAGUGACAGUGGUGGUGGAAUAUGUACCAAUCACAUUCGACCCCAGUAACAUGGAAGCACUACAACGGAUAGAGAAAGCAAGUAGCCUUACAACCAACACCAUCGCAAAGGCAUCCUACAUAAAACCAAAGGAGAGGAGGAAACCAGGACAGAAGGUGGCUCACAUCUUCAUGUCGCUGCGAGGAGUCGAAGAUGGCGAUAAGGCGAUCAGACAUGGUCUCUACAUCAAGGAAAAGAAGCAGCAAAUUGCAAGGCAGAACACAACACCUGUGGCAGAUGCGGAGGCAAACACCGUUUGGCAGAAUGCAAAGAGACCGAUAGUGACAACUUCCACUGCACAAACUGCAAUGGACAUGGCCACGGCCCAGGUGACAGAUUAUGCCCAGCAGCACAAAUGGCAGUCGAGCACAUAG